GUUCAACUAUACUGUUUUAACUCUUUCCAUAAACAAACAAAAAAUUGAUACAACACAAUAAGAUGAAGCACUCAAUUAAUACAACCAACUUACAACACUCACACUCACACUCGCAUGGACCAUUGACACCACCAGAGGAUGUCCUAACUUCACCUUUGCCUACGAUCAAUGAACCCCAGAAGCCUCGCAAAUCGUCCGUAACCUUUGACCCGGCUCUGCAAUUCAAGAACGAAGAGAUCCUGUCUCCAACCGCCACAGAAUCACCCCAGCCGAUGGCAAUUGACCUCAAUGCGCACGCCGUCCCGAGCUCUAUUCUGGUCUCGCUCUGGGAUCGAGAAAACGAGAUGCGUGACCUCGUAAAGCACAACCAUAUGUUCUUCGACCCUCUGAGGACCCAUUUGCCAAACUGGUCGCGGUUCGAGAACACCCUCUACUGCCCACGCAGCCAAUUGAAUGACGAAGCCUGGAUGAGCCGUAUCGGAAAGGCUCUGGAGGCCAACCCGUCCUUAUUGGAUCGGUUUAAAGAUCUGGUGGGGUACAUUGGUAAUGAACCAGAUGACAUUAAUGGCAACCAACUGAACGACGACGACGAAGAGUCUAUUGAUGCUCCAGAAUUCGACAAUGUCGAUCUAGUCAACAUCCGCAACUUCCCAAAUCGACUCAAGAAGUUCCCAGAUUCAUAUCCUCAGUUCUUUAUCAACUGUCAGCAAGCACUUGAUUCUAAUGGACCCGCUAAUGCCUAUGAGCAUUUUAAAGAAACGCUAUUCUGUCCAAGAAGUCAGAUGACAGAUGAUAUGUGGGAGUCUUCCCUGAAUGAUCAGCUGAAGGUUGCCCCUAUUUUGAUGACCCAACUCAAGGAAAUAAUAGCCUAUGAAGCCGAGGAAGAAGAAGAGGAAGAAGAGGAAGCAGAAGAGGAAAAGGAAAAGAAAGGGAGAGGAGUCGAAUCAGAAUUACAAGAAGACGUAUGACCUGUCUUGUAAUAUAUUAUUUUCACUAUAAUCCCUUGUCCCCCAAUACAUAAUAUAUUGAUUUAAAAGACCCUCAUACAUAUAUAUAUAUAUAUAUAAAACGCCCCCCCCCCCCUCUCUCUCUCUCUUGCACUAUCAUUCUUUCUUUUAUUUUCUCAUACUUACACUUAAUCGUACAUACAAAUAUAAAUAUAAAUAACAAAUACAAC